AUGUCUACGCCGAAGAAGAAAGUCCCCGCCAAGCCCUUCGACCGCAACGACCCAGAGGACGUCCGGUUCAUCAAGGACAACCCGCCGAGGCUCACCGUCAAGCGCUGCGAGGCCGUCCGGGCUUGCUUCGCCAAGAAGGUCAGCGGCCGGCCCCUCGCGUCGGCGGGCGGCCGCGCGACGGGAGAGAGGGAGAAGCUGGUCAAGUUCGGCCCGCGGUCGGGCGCGCACGACGCGCAGUGGAUGGCGCUCAAGGUGCGCGUCGACGUCACGCGCCGGCGGCACCUCAAGGACCGGAUCGGCCUCGUGCAGAACGUGCUCGCGUCGAGGCGCGUGGCCACGUACGCCGGCGCCCCGGGUACGGGCGUCACGGAGGUGCCGCUCCCCGUGCUGGACGGGGCCGAGAACGAGGCGCCCUUCUACGGCAUGGGGGCGCGGUUCGACACGGGCGCCGCGGCGCGGGGCGCGGCCAGGGCGGCCGACGACGUGUACAUCCAGGACGGGCCGACGCACACCGUGCCCGUGCUGGGGUACGUCAGGCAGGGGGCGGGCAAGUACGCGACGGUGGACCUCGAGAGGGUCGAGGUCCGGGAGGAGUUUGGCAUAUGGCUGUACAACGCGACCAAGAAGAUCACGUACCGGCACUGGACGUGGGGCUACUCUUACGUCUGGGAGGCCGCGAGGGACGAGCAGGGCGACUGGAGCUUCACGAGGAAGGAGUUCUCGGCUACGCCUCCGACGCUGCAGGACGAGAACCCUACUCGGGGGCCGGUCAGGAAGAAGCUGCCAGUCGCUGUGGAGGCGAACAGGGACAGGUGGACCGGAAAGCUGGUUCCCAAUCCGUACAUUGACAAGCGGGACGAGGGCGAGGCGCCGCCGGACGAGCCGCAGUCGGACGACGAGACGGAGCCCUUCUCGCCGGUGGACGUUGCGGAGGACCCGGAGCAGGUGGACGGGGAGGAUGGCGAUUCUGAGGAUGAGUGGUAG